UUGCACAGCAAAGGGCUUUUCUUCAAAUUACCGCAAUUACCCAACAACCUACGGCCAGACAUGUUUUAAACGCAGCUAAACCCGGCUAUGAAAACACGGCGACCCAGCAACACUGUGGCACCGCGAGGCUCGCGCCGCGCGGCUAGCGUCUCUUGCCCCGCGAGGCCCCAGCCGUUGGCCCACCCGCCGGUCAGUCCAGCAGCUAAUGAUCUGUUUGUGCUACAUGGAGGAAGGUGGCAGCAAUUUCGUCGUCACAAGGUGCGGCCACACCUACCAUGCGGAGUGCCUGCGGGUGUGGCUGGACGUGUCCGGCACAUGUCCAAUCUGCCGAACCGCCACCGAAUUAGAUGCUACCAUCAAGCUACACGGGGAGACCGAGUGUUCCGCCAAGCCGGACUGCGUGGUGGAGCUUAGGAGAGCGAACAGAGAACUCAGGCGCAGGCUCCACAAUGCUGAGGAGGAAGAAGACCAGGAGACCCGCAGGGCGAACAAGCACGGCCGGGCCUCAUCGGAACACACCGAGAGGUACCUCAACCUGAAGGCGAAGCUCAGUGAGCUGGAAAUAGAGCUGGAGGCCACCAAGAAACGAGCAGCGAGUAGCCUUCAACUUCGAAAGGAGGCGAUCGGCUUGUUCAAGAGCUUGAGGGCGCGCAACCCUGAGAAGCAAGGGCACGGCGCCAACGCGCCAUACGAAGCCGGUCCCGUCGGCCCAGGCGACGCUGCCGAGGGCGGUGUUCACGGCGUUGCCGCCGACGCAGCCGAUGAAGGCGGCCCCGUCGGCCCAGCCGACGCUGGCGAUGAAGCGCAGGAGCAGGAAGAUACGCUCUGACUGUGGCCAAGGGGCAGAAGACGCUGACGAGGAAGCGGUGUGGAGACAUACUGUGGCUGUGAGGACAAAUAAAUUUUUUCGCAGAGGU